AUGAAAACAAAUGAAAAAGAUGAAAUACUGUUGAGUAAAAUUUAAACUGAUACUGUUCAAAAAGAAAAGCUGAAUCAAUAAAAUCAAGUAUUAUUUCUCACUAAUCAAAGGAAAAUCAUGUUAUCAUAAGCAUCUUGAGAAGUUAACAAUAAACACAAAUGCCUUCAAUUUAAGCAUCUCAAAGUGACUUCUUUAUUAGAUGUAUGAAAAUAUUCAUUUAUUAUAUAGAAAGUUAAUAAGAAAACAUUGAUUCUUAAUUAGAAAAUAAUAAGAAGUUCUAAGAACAAUCCUUAUCGAAUAUUGAUGGUCUAUUAUCAAAAUCUCAUUAACUUAAAAAUAAUACAGAAUUANUACUAAAAUGUUGCUUGUGGGAAGGGAAGAUUGAUUCAUGCUGAUGGAGACAAGUAUGAAGGAGAAUGGAAAAAUGAUAAAGCUCAUGGAUAUGUAACAAUACAUAUCAUUUAUAUAGGGAAAAUAUGUGCAUAUGGAUGGAGCUUAAUAUGUUGGAUAUUGGGAAGAUGAUAAAUAAAAUGGAAACGGUAAAGAAAUAUGGCCAGAUGGAGCUUGUUAUGAAGGAUAGUAUAAAAAUGGAAAAAAGCAUGGCAAAGGAACUUUUAAAUGGGCUGAUGGAUCAAUAUAUACUGGAGAUUUUGAUUAAAAUAAUAUUCAAGGUUAAGGUGAAUAUUAAUGGGAAGAUGGUAGAAUAUAUGUUGGAGAGUGGAAGAAUAAUAAAAUGGAUGGAAAAGGAGUAAAUAUUUAAAUUAUUAUAUAGGUUUUUACUUGGUUGGAUGGUAGAAAAUAUGAAGGGGAGUAUAAAGAUGAUAAGAAGCAUGGUUAUGGAGAAUUUAAAUGGCCUGAUGGAAGAGUAAUAAGAAUAACCUUAUUAAAUUUAGAUGUAUAGAGGAUAAUGGGCCAAUGGUAAACAACAUGGUAUUGGAAUUUAUAUUGGUUCUUCGAAAAUUGAAAAAGAAGGAGAAUGGUAAGAAGGGAAAAGAAUACGUUGGCUUAAGAAAGGAGGUUAACAAACUAGGGAGGAAGGAAAUUGA